CAUUAUAUUUUGUGAGAUCUUUGAUGUUUGGGGUAUGGAUUUCAUGGGUCCUUUUCCCUCUUCCAAUGGUUGUGAAUAUAUAUUGCUCUGUGUUGAUUUUGUUUCUAGGUGGGUUGAGGCUAUCCCCACUAGAACUAAUGAUGUCAAAGUUGUGGCAAAGUUUCUUUUGUCUCAUGUGUUUUACAGGUUUGGCAUCCCAAGAGCAAUCAUCACAGACCAAGGGACACACUUUUGCAACAAGACUAUCUCCUCUUUGCUUCAGAAAUAUGGUGUUCUACACAAGGUGGCAACCCCAUAUCAUCCUCAAACAAAUGGGUUGGCUGAGUGUUCGAACAAGGAGAUCAAGUCUAUCCUCCAAAAGAUUGUGAGACCGAAUAGGAAGGAUUGGAGCUCAAGACUUGAGGAGGCUCUUUGGGCACACCUAUUGGGAUGUCUCCAUUUAGGUUGGUCUAUGGUAAGCAAUGUCAACCUCCCGGUAGAGAUUGAGCACAAAGCCUAUUGGGCUGUGAAGGCUUGUGCAUUUGGUGAGGAGGGUGUAGCUGCCUCUAGGAAGCUCCAACUUCAAGAAUUGGAGGAGUUGAGAUUGAAAGCAUAUGAGAGCUCUAAAUUGUACAAGGAAAAAGCAAAAUUCAUUCAUGAUAAAUGUAUUUUGAGGAAGCAUUUUCAAGUGGGAGAUAAAGUGCUUAAGUUCAAGACAAGGCUCAAGCUCAUUGGUGGCAAACUUCAAUCCAAAUGGGAGGGCCCUUACAUUGUGGAGGAAAUUUUUGACUAUGGCACUCUCACCCUCAAAGAUCCUCAAAGUGGCUUAACAUUCAAGGCAAAUGGCCACUUGUGCAAGAAAUUUCAUGAGGGAGAAUCUUCCACAUUGCUUGCUGAAAUGAGAUUCAAAGAUCCUCCAUGAGUCUUCAAAGACUCUUGAGGAAGCAAAUUUGGAAUCAAGGAGCAAUGACUAAAGUCAACCUCAUUGGAGAAUUCAAGAGCAAGAGAGAGAGGGCUUAUUUGGAAUUUUAAUUCUAGAAUUGAAGAGGCUGUGAUAUUGGCACCUAAUUUCAGAAAUUAAUUGGAGGAAUUAAUUAAAUAAAAUAUUAGGAGCAUGUGCGUGACUUUGUGCGUGACUCAAAUCUGAUUUCAAGAAGCAUUGCAUGACAUCAUCAAGGGAAAACAAGGAAGCAUUUGGUGCGUGAUAUAAUGCUGAUUCAAAGAAGGCAUUGGGUGACAUCAUCAUGAGGAUUAACCAAGAAUAUAAGAUGCGUGACUUCAUAACUGAAUCCCUGAAGAGUUACGUGGCAGCUGGCUGAAGCUUAAUUGAAGUCACAUGGUCUACACUUCAUUCACAAUUUCCAUGCUUCCUUGUCCAGAUCAGAUUGGCGCCAUUCUUCCUCUGAUUUUCCAGAAUUAUUUGCUCAAUUUUUAAUUCAUUUUCCAGCUCAUAAUUAGCCACAUUCAGAUCUGGAACUUUGGUUUCAUCACCAUUUAGCUUUGGAAUUAUCAACCAUUCACAUUAUUCACACAUACAUAAGCCUAGAUUUCAGACUAGAGUCUCAUUCUACACAUUGAUCUUCUCUCUCUAGGUCUGAUAUCUUCCAUCUCCAGCCUCCACAAUUCACGCCAUUCCUCAAGUAUUGGGAGUUCCAGAUCUGGUUCUCCUCCAUUUCCAGCUCCAAGUUCGUUUUUCCAGCAUCAAUUCCUCAUCCAAUUUCGUUUUUCUUCCAUCCUUAAUCCAGAUUGUUCAUCAAGUGUUCAUUAUCAAUUCCAUCAUUCCAGAUUUGUUCCUUCAUUUCCUUCAUCAUUUUUUCCUUCAAUUUUCGUUCAUGUUCUUCCAUUGCCCAGACUUGUUUCUUAUCUUUCCUCUUUGAUUCUUCCACCUUGUGUCAUUCUCUUCCCCAUUCUUCAUCAAUUUCGUUCCUCAUCUUUCCAAUUCCAGCAUUAAUUUCGUCCAUAUUCAGUCACAUAUUUUCCAGAUUCAAGAUGUCUUCUCAAGCUCAAGGUCUGAUUCAAGCAAAGAGGAAGAGCAUGAGAGGCUGAUCAUUUAGAGCUCCAAGAAAGAUGACUUGACAUUAUGAGAUUUCCAGAUUUGUAAUUGUUGUUCAUUUUCUUGUAUACAUGUUCUUGUCUUGAUUCUUUGAGGAUUUCGAAUUUUGAACCUGUUUUGGUUGAAGACUUUGUGAUUCUAAUUCAGAUUUGAUGAGAAUAUGAAUGUUGAAUUUAGAUUUUCA